AUGAGUAAGGGACCGAGACUAUUCUCCGACAUGGGUAAAAAAUCGAAAGAUCUGUUGACAAGAGACUACAAUACCGAUCAGAAAUUCAGUAUUUCCUCUAACACUGUCUCUGGCUUUGCUCUUACUUCCACAGCUCUGAAGAAAGGAGGAUUACAUGCUGCUGAUGUUGCUACACAGUACAAGUACAUAAACAUUUUGUUCGAUACAACCAUCACAUUCACUGAGAUCCUCCCGUCGACAAAAGCCAUUGCCACCUUCACAGUACCUGAUUACAACUUUAGCAAGCCUUCUGAAUUCAAUCUCAACUACGAUUUACAGCUAGAGGUCCAAUACUUCCAUGAUCACGCAACAUUUACUGCAACUGCAGUUUUGAAACAAAACCCUCUAAUUAAUGUAACAGCCACUCUUGGCUCACCGACCAUCUCAUUUGGUGCAGAAGCUGGAUAUGACACAACAUCUCGAACUUUCACAAAGUACAACUUUGGAAUCAGUGUCUCAAAUCCAGAUAAAUGUGCAUCAGUAAUAAUGGGAGAUAAAGCAUAUUCGAUCAAAGCUUCAUAUGUUCAACACCUAGAUGGGUCGAAGAGAAGCGCCGCAGUUGGAGAGGUUUUAAGGAAAAUUUCGACGAAUGAGAACAUAAUCACCAUUGGUGGAUUGUAUGCGGUUGAUCACUUGACGAAUGUGAAAGCUAAGCUAAACAGUAACGACCCAGGCCGCCUCGGUCUCUCUACCAAGGUCCUGUGCAUCCAUGGUACAGCUUAUGUCGGGUAUAUAUUGGGUUUCAGCCAAUACGCCCAUGCUGCCCAUCUCCAGACUUGCCGCCAUGCUCACCCCGAUACUCUAUCGAGUUGCAGCAUGAUUGCUACUAACACCAACACUUCAUUGCGGUGCUGUCGAGGCGUCACCGAACCAUAUCGAGCCCUCUCGAGACGCGGCAUGAUGUCUGUCGACCCGUGA